CAACUGACUUGAUUUGUUAAGGCGACAAUUUAAAUGUUUGCGUUUUUUUUUUUAUUAAAUAAAGAAUGAGGAAUAAGGAGAUUUUCGAAACAUUUGCAUUGAAGUUGCGGAACGGUUAACAAAGAAAUUGUGCGGGAAAAAUCAAAAUGAAAUUCGAGUGGGUGUGUUUUUUAGUUUCAAUUUUGGUGAAAUUAUGUUGUUUGGAGGCAGCAGUUAAUCGAGGAGGCUAUCACUAUACAAUUGCCCAUAAAAAUGAAUUGGUUACACACAAAAAUGCAAAGAACCUCAGACAUCAUUAUCGACUUUCACAACCCAAGGCCAUUGAUGAUCCGUUGCCGGAAAAGGUGAAUUAUCUCACGCCAAUUGUUGUGGAUUUCCCAUCGGCAUUCAGGGAUGAGGUGAAACCUCUUUUUACACCCGUAUUUGCACCAAGUUCCCUAACACCCAACGAGGAAAUGUUACCGCCCAUAGAUAAAUAUCGUGCCAAAGAACCUCAAAAAGAGUCACUUACCGAAACAACAACGUCAGCUCCCCAAAACCCCAAAACUGAAGACAUCUAUAAAACCGAAAAUCAAUAUCCUGCUAAAUUUAGUGACAUCAUAGAUUUGGAAUUUAUCAAUCAUCAUCAUGGUCCUGAGACAGGCUUCGAAUUGUUUAAUGUACACGACGAAACCCCAUUGACCUAUGUAAAGCCAGAAGUAAUUUUCAAACCUGGCGAUGAUACCUCCUUUGCCAAUGAUCUGACCGUAUUCGAUGAUUAUGAACAUGUUUUCACACCAAAAAAUACCACAAAUUUAAAAUUUUACAAAACGAAUUCAAAUUCAAAUUCCACAACCCAAAGUCCCAACGAACAUGGCGACAACAAUUCUAAGGAAAGCCUCAAAUCCAUAGAAAACCAUGACUCGUUUCAGGGUUAUGUUUAUGAGAAACCAGCCAUUGAAUUUAACACAUAACACAAGUUUAGGCAUCUUUAAAUAAUUAGAACAAUUUUUAUGAGACAUUUACCCAAAAGAAGGUAAUUUGGUUUAACAAACUACACACAUAAGAGACUAAGUGCUUUUUAUGAAGAAGGCAUUAAUUAAAACGCUCUUUAAUGACAGCGGCCCGAAACUGGUAUUUCUUUUAUUAAACUAAAAAUAAAACAAAUAGCCAUGUGGCCAAUCGUCUUGUAGAUAAUUAACAAAUACAAAUUAGUCGUAAUAUUUUUUUAAAUAAAAAUAAUGUUAAUAAGA